AUGGCCGCCUCUCGUAGGACGCAGCUCACAAACCGCCAUCCUAACACUGACCUCCCCCCCAGGUGCCAGCAGCUGAACGACUGGUGCCCGUUCCUGUUCCCGCUGGAGACGCGGCAGAUGUUCUUCGCGUGCACCGCGUUCGGCACCUCGCGCACCAUCGUGUGGCUGCAGGCGCAGACUGAUAGACAGAGGUCAGGCAACCCGGUGCCGGGGCGGCGCGCGGAGCUGGACGCGGCGGAGGUGCGCAUGGGCCGGCUGCGGCACGAGCGCGUGCGCAUCCCGCGCUGCCCCGCGCUGCUGCACUCCGCCAUGCAGGUGAUGCGUGUACACGCGGGCCGAAAGUCCGUCCUCGAGGUCGAAUUCGCGGGCGAAGAGGGCACGGGCCUGGGCCCGACCCUCGAGUUCUACGCACUAGUCGGGGCUGAACUGCAGCGGUCGAGCCUGAGGAUGUGGCUGAAUGAUGAGCCGAGGGAGGGCGAGGAGGAGAAGAGGAGGGAGGAGGAUGAGCUGAGCUCGCCCCAUGUGUCGCAUGAUGGCAGGGAUGACAAGCCAAUAGGCUACUACGUGAUGCGGCCCGGCGGGCUGUUCCCCGCGCCGCUGCGCCAGCAGUCGGCGCUGUGCGACCGCGUGUGCAAGUACUUCCACUUCCUGGGCAUCUUCCUCGCCAAGGUCCUACAAGACGGGCGGCUGGUGGACCUGCCGCUGUCGGCCUCGUUCCUGCGCCUCAUGUGCGGGGAGGCGCUCUCCGACCAGCACCUGCGCGAGAUCGACCCCAUACGACAUCGAUUCCUCGAAGAAGUGACCGCCGCCGCGAACCAAUACGACGCCAUCAUGGCCGACACCUCCCUCACCCCCGAGGAGCAAUCAACCCGUGCGGCGGAACUGACCGUGUCCGGGGCCACGUUCUCCGAGCUGGCGCUGAGCAUGACCCAUGCGGGCUGCGGCGCCGACGACGCCGAGCGCGCGCAGCCGCUGUGCGCCGGAGGGGACGCCAUCGAGGUGGGCCCAGAAAACGCUCGCGAGUACGCCACGCUAAGCUCACGCUGGAUCCUUCGCGACGGCAUCGCUCGACAGAUGGACGCGUUCACUCGCGGGUUCGCCUCGGUCUUCCCGCCUCGGAGGCUCCGGGCCUUCUCACAUGCCGAGCUGAGGCUGUUGUUGUGCGGCGAGCACGGGCCCGAGUGGACACGGGAGCAUUUGUUGCAGUAUACUGAGCCGAAGCUGGGCUAUACUAAGGAUAGCCCCGGCUUCCUCCGCCUGGUGCAGGUGCUGGUGGAGAUGUCUCGGCGCGAGCGCAAGGCCUUCCUGCAGUUCGCGACCGGCUGCUCGUCGCUGCCGCCGGGCGGGCUGGCCAACCUGCACCCCCGCCUCACGGUGGUGCGCAAGGUGGACGCGGGCGACGGCUCGUACCCGUCUGUCAACACGUGCGUCCACUACCUGAAGCUGCCCGAGUACUCCUGCAAGGAGGUGCUGCGCGAGCGCCUGCUGGCCGCCACCAACGAGCGCGGCUUCCACCUCAACUAGACGCCGCAAGAUGGCCGCCCAACAAGAUGGCCGCCGCAAGAUAGCCGACCAAACAACAUGGCUGCUGCAAGAUGGCCGAUCAAACAACAUGGCCGCCGCAAAAUGGCCGCGCAAACAACAUGGCCGCCGCAAGAUGGUCGACAAAAAAACAUGGCCGCCGUAAGAUGGCCGCGCAAACAAAAUGGCGACGAUGACAAUUUUUCUUCGUUAACCACACUAAUCGUUUAGAUUUAUCCGUGUUAAAGACAUGUAUUAGGUAGACUGACGUAAUUGUAACCAUCACCAAAAAUAUGUUAUUGUGAUUUGACAAAAGUGUAUCCUGAGUUAUGUUCUCAGCUAACCAUUGUAGGUACCAUAUAUUUCUCGUGAGGUGAUGGAAUGUGAUUAACGCUUUCGAAGAGGCUACAGUCUUCACUGAAAUGUUAACAUCGAGGCAUAUUAUAUUACUAUUCAACUGUGAUGUGAGGAGGUAGGGUAUUGAUUGGAUCUCUUUUAUUGUAAUUUCUGAAAAGAUGAAGGGUUUUGGAAAAAUGAUGGUAUCUUCGAAUGACGUAGUCCGGCAAACACGAACUGAAUGCAGAGACUGAUGCCGAGACACUUCGGGCCCCGUCUUUUAUAUACCAAUAAGCUCAUUCAGUGUAGAAACAUCUAAUAUAUUAUAUAUUAUUAUUGAAAAAAUUGGCCUCUGUGACUAAAUGUAUAUAUUUUUGUAUAAAAAGAUUAAUAGCGCACUGUUUCUUUUGAAAAACAUAUAUAUUACAACCACAAUUUUCAAGGUAUUUUGGGAAUCUUAUGGUGUGAAUUUUAUAGAUUUAAGUAGGUUACGAAUAUAGUAGUUAAGAAAAUUUCCUUACCAGAUUUGUGAAAGUCAAGCAAAAA